CCAUUUGGUAUAAACGUCUAGCAAUAUGCACAUGUACAAUUCUACAGAGUGUUUCCUUUUCACUUGCACUGGUAAAUUUAUUUGCUGCUAAAAGCUGUAAGGAUACGUUUAUGGAGAUUAUGCAUGAUUAUGGCAACAAACAAAGUGCAAAAAGCAUUGUUGAUAAUGUACAAUGGUUUAUACAAUGUUGCGGUGCUGCUGGUUAUAAGGAUUGGUACGAGAUUAACUGGGGAAACUUUAUCGUUGACCUAUUUCAUCCCAAAAAAAAGAAAGCAAUUGAACAAUUGUUAAUCAGCGACACAGAUGAUUAUCCUGAUUUGGCGGCGAUGCGUAAUGAUGCUGUGCCAUUUUCCUGCUGUGCGGAAGUUGCAUCAAGCGGGUGCAUCCAUCAAAAUAUUGAACAAUUUGGAACCUACACGAUUAACUCCCAAGGUUGUGGACACCAAUUAGAUUUAAUAAACUGUACAGUUCUUGUUAUGGAAUUAAUUAUUUACACUAUUGGGUUGGUAAUUGAGGUGAUGAUGUUGUAUUAUUUAUUUAAAUCCCAUCACACAUUGGAUAAGAAUUACGUGCGAUAUGAAAAAAUACCAACUACGAUCCGGUUGAAAAAGUUUCACAGCACUGAAAAGAAAGAAUUCAGCAAGUUUUUGAAUGACAACUCAUCCGGUGCUGAAAUUUAAUUUAUUCGGGAAUGGAGAGAUUUGAUUAACACAAACAUAUUUAACUAAAGAUGGCUAUAAAAAUA